AUGCUCGCGCUGCGCCCCGGAAGCACUGGGCUCUGCCGUGGCUUCUUGCUGGGCGGUGUAAGGUACAAAGGUGGUCGUUUGGCGCUGCGUAAACGAAAGGAUGUCAAAGAUUUGGGAAGAGAUCCUAUCCAUGGUGAGCGUUUGGAGAAAUUGAUCAAGGUCAACAUAAACUACCAUGGAACGGACUCACUAUUGGGAAGAAUAGUAACUGGAACUUACGAGAGGUAUAUUCCUAUGCCUGCCGGUGUGGAGGAAGGCGAUGUAUUUCUAGUUUCCAGGACCCGAGAGGUGACUCCGAAAAUGCUCAAGCCAGGUAAUAGAUUCCCUCUGAAGAGACUACCUCGUGGCACAAUGGUACACAACAUAGAAUCUGAACCCAACAAUGGUACGGCUUAUGCCAAAGCGUCUGGUGCAGCAGCACAAGUGAUCGACCAUGACCUGGAGACUGGCAAGACUAUAGUGAAGCUGCCAUCUGGAUGUCUGUCGCCUCUGACUGGUGAUUGUCUGGCCACCGUUGGAACCGUGCUGAUCAGGCGAAAGUUGCCGAAGGGCAAAGCCGGCACUCCGGCAAAGGAAGGGCGGAAAUGGCCUCAGCACAAGAAGCCAUUGGCACCUCCGGAUGCUUACUUUUGGAAUGUGAUCCGGUUUGUGCCUGUCAAGAGUGAAGAGGUUGCCAAAGACGACGAGUCAUCCAGUGCAUCCAAUGCCUCACUUGCACUGUCAGUAGAAGCUAGCGACGAGAAGCAAUGA